AUGAGUCAACAACAAGGAAAUAAUAAAGAAGCAGGAUGGGUUAGAGUCCAAAUUAAAUUAUUUACACUAUGGAUGGACGAAGUACUUCAACAAAGACAAAUGGGAGUAAAAGAUUUAGCCGUUGAUCUUAAAGAUGGAAUUCGAGUAAUUAAUUUCUUUGAAUUACUUUCAGGAAAGACGUUAAAAGAAAAAUAUGAUUUAAGACCAAAGAAUCGUAUUCAAAUGGUUCAUAAUUUACAUUUAGCAAUGCAAUUUCUUGAAAAAGAGAUGUUAGUAAGAAAUCCAGGAUGUUUUGCAGAAGAUGUAGUUGAUGCAGAUAUUCAUGGAGUUAAAUUAAUUCUUGGACUUCUUUAUACAUUGUAUAGAAAAUAUAGAUUAAGUGUAUUAGUUGAUAAAAAGAAAGGAAAAAGUAUGAAAGAAGAAGAUGCACUUUUAGAAUGGGUAAGAGAAGUUACUGAUGGAUAUGGAGUUACUGUAGAAAAUUUCAAACAUUCAUUUAAUGAUGGUAAAGUAUAUUUAGCAUUAGCUCAUGUUAUUAGUAAUAAAUCAUUUGAUUAUGAUGAAUUUAAAGAUAAAUCAAGAACUGAAAUUCUUGAAAAAGCUUUUAGUGUUGCUGAAGAGAAUGGUAUUCAUAGAUUGUUAAUGGUUGAUGAAGUAGCCAAUGGAGAUAUUGAUGAACGUGCGUUAGUACUUUAUACUUCAUUGUAUCAUCAUGAAUAUCUUAAAAGAAAAGAAAUGGAAGCAUUACAAGGAGAUGUAGAGAAAAAUCAAGCACAACUUGAACUUGAAUCAAAAUCUAAAGAUGAUUUAAUUAAAUUAAAUGUUGAAUUAAAAAAUAAACAUGAAGCACUUACUAAUGAACUUAAUGAUAUGGAGAAAGAAUUAGUUGAAAAACGACUAGUGUUAACAGAAUUACAAAAGAAAGGAGUUGAAUUAGAUCAAACUCUUGCUGAAAAGAAAGAGUUAUUUGGUAAGAUUGAUUUAGAAAAGAAUGAUAGUGAAGUUAAUUUAAAAGCAGCAGAAGUAUUAUUUAAUCAAUUAACUGAAAAAUAUGAAAACUUUACAGCAGUUGGAGAAGAUGAUAAAGAAGAAAUUAAUGAUUUAACUAAAGAAAUAGAAGAAAUUAGAAAAAUGGUAGAAGAAAGAAAGAAACAAUUAGCUGAAAUGAAAGAAAAAGAAGGAGAAUCAAUGGCAAGUAAAUUUGUAGAAGAAAAUAAAAGAUCAGUAGAACUAGGAGAUAAGAAAAGUGAUUUAGUUGAAGAAAUAGAAGAGUUAGAAGAAGAAGUUAGUGUGUUAAAGAAAACAGUUCAAACAGCACAAGAUGAUUGUGAUGAAGACAAAAAAGAUUUAGAAAAAGCAGGAGAGUUACAAAAAUUGUAUUUAAAUAUUCAACCAUUAGAAGAAAAUUUGAGAAGACAAAUUGUCGACUUACAUAAAUGGGCUCCUUAUUUGAAAAGUGAAGAAGGAUUUGGACAAGAAGAUCCAAAAUUAAAAACAUUAAAUGAACCAAAAGAAGGAGAUUACAAAGAAGUCUUUAAAGAGAUGGCAGAAGAUUUAGAAAAAGAAAAUGAUGAAGUUGGCAAAAUAUUAGUUCAAUUAAAGAAAGAACAAUUACAAAAAGAACAAAAGAAAACUGCAAAAACUGGUGUUAAAAAACCAGUGGUAAAGAAAGAUAAAAAAUAA